UGUUGCUCAACAUGCAUGCAGCUCACUCUGCUUUGGCCAGGUCUCCACCAGGCUCGGGUUAUGUAUGAUUUUGCUGCUGAACCUGGAAAUAACGAACUGACGGUUAAUGAAGGAGAAAUCAUCACAAUUACAAAUCCGGAUGUUGGUGGAGGAUGGCUAGAAGGAAGAAACAGCAAAGGAGAACGAGGGCUUGUUCCCACAGACUAUGUCGAAAUCUUGCCCAGUGAUGGAAAAGACCCAUUUUCUUGUGGAAAUUCAGUGGCCGACCAAGCCUUCCUCGAUUCUCUCUCAGCGAGUGCCGCUCAGGCCAAUUCAUCAGCUGCCAACAGUAAUAACCAGGUGGAUAUUUUGGCUCAGAUUGCUUGUAUUGAAAGUCUCAGCCAGUCACCACCUUCUUCAUCUUCUCCUUCUCCUACCAUAAAUAAGGUCAGCAGUGGCAAUGACCCCUGGUCAGCCUGGAGUUCUUCCAAAUCUGGAAACUGGGACAGCACGGAUGGCUGGGGAGCCAAGCCAGAGGGGGCCGCGGCCCAAAGAAACACCUCCAAUAACUGGGACACUGCCUUUGGUCACCCCCAGGCCUACCAAGGACCAGCAACCGCGGGUGAUGACGAUGACUGGGACGAAGACUGGGACGACCCCAAGGCGGCCGCCCCCUACUUCAAGGAUUCAGAGGCAGCAGAGGCAGGGGCUGCUCAGCGAGGCAACAGCCGGGCUGGUUCCUCCUCUAUGAAGCUGCCACUUAACAAAUUUCCCGGAUUUGCAAAACCUGGUAUGGAACAGUAUUUGUUGGCCAAGCAACUAGCAAAACCCAAAGAGAAAAUUCCUAUCAUUGUUGGAGAUUAUGGCCCAAUGUGGGUUUAUCCUACCUCUACGUUUGACUGUGUGGUAGCAGAUCCCAGGAAAGGCUCCAAAAUGUAUGGUCUGAAGAGCUACAUUGAAUAUCAGCUAACACCUACUAACACUAAUCGAUCUGUAAACCACAGGUAUAAGCACUUUGACUGGUUAUAUGAGCGUCUCCUGGUUAAGUUUGGGUCAGCCAUUCCAAUCCCCUCUCUUCCGGAUAAACAAGUCACAGGUCGCUUUGAAGAAGAAUUUAUCAAGAUGCGCAUGGAGAGACUUCAGGCAUGGGUGACCAGGAUGUGUCGUCACCCAGUCAUCUCAGAAAGUGAGGUUUUCCAGCAGUUUCUAAAUUUCCGAGAUGAAAAGGAAUGGAAAACUGGGAAGAGGAAGGCUGAGAAAGACGAGCUGGUAGGAGUUAUGAUCUUUUCCACCAUGGAACCGGAGGCCCCUGACUUGGACUUACUAGAAAUAGAACAGAAGUGUGAUGCUGUCGGUAAAUUCACCAAAGCCAUGGAUGAUGGUGUGAAGGAGCUACUGACCGUGGGCCAGGAGCACUGGAAACGGUGCACAGGACCAUUACCCAAGGAGUAUCAGAAGAUAGGAAAGGCUCUGCAGAGCUUAGCAACAGUGUUUAGUUCCAGCGGUUAUCAAGGCGAAACGGAUCUCAAUGCUGCGAUAACAGAAGCAGGAAAGACUUACGAAGAAAUUGCCGGUCUUGUGGCAGAACAGCCAAAGAAGGAUCUCCAUUUCCUCAUGGAAUGCAAUCAUGAAUAUAAAGGUUUCCUUGGCUGCUUCCCUGAUAUUAUUGGCGCCCAUAAGGCAGCGAUAGAAAAAGUGAAAGAAAGUGACAAACUGGUGGCAACUAGUAAGAUCACCCCACAGGACAAACAGAACAUGGUGAAGCGCGUUGGUACCAUGUCUUACGCGUUGCAAGCUGAGAUGAAUCACUUCCAUAGCAACCGGAUCUAUGACUACAACAGCGUCAUCCGCCUGUACCUGGAACAGCAAGUGCAGUUCUACGAAACAAUUGCAGAGAAGCUGAGGCAGGCCCUCGGCCGCUUCCCGGUGAUGUAGGACAGAACGGCACACGAAGCGAACUCCCAAGUGCUUCUUUCCGACCUGGGGCAACGCAAUGUGAUGUUUUUCCCCUGCCAUCAAAAUCAAAAAGGAAGGAAAGAAAACCAAAAAGAAAUAGAGUUGCAAAAAACUGCAUCUACUUUAUUAACCAACUGAAACGCACCGGUUACUUAGGGAUAGUCUUGUUUUGUUCAUUUCCACAUCCGUUAUUAAAACGAUGGAAAUCGUC